UUCAGUUAAACUACGUAACAGGAGCCGUAGGGAGAGAACGCUCCUGUCAUCUAUUUGCCGCAAUAAGAACUACAAAUUAGUGCCAGACAGCAACAGCAAUUGGUGGAUAUGGUAAAAAGUGAACUGCAGCAGCCAUGGCAACAAGUCUUGAGGAUGGUGUGAACUAUUUGUGCAUAGUAUGCAACUUGGACGUAAAAGGAGCACCAAUUAAUAUACACUCAAAUUUGGCUGCAAAAAAUGGUAGUAUCCACAGUCUAAUAUGCCAAGUUGUGAACUACGAAGACUUACUGGAAGCAUGUCAGAGUUCAGAAGUUAUAUGUGCUAGGUGCUUAAAGAUAUUACUGAAUAUUGUUAACCUCGAAUGCAAGAUAAUUAAUUUGAGGAAUGACUUCCGAGAAACAUUUCAGAAUGGCAUCGAGUCUCGUAGAGUCCCAAUCGGGGAAAGUUUAAUGAACCAGGUUAAACCAAGACAUCUACCUGAUGAAGAGAAAAUUGAUGUGAAAAUUUGUAACAGCAUAGAGUGGGGUGAAGGUCCUGGGUGCCAGCAGGAAUAUCAAGCAAACAACGACAAGACUUUUGUAGGUAUAAAUGAAAAAGUGUUUGAUAUUACUGACAGCUCUAAGCAUGAUUUGUUGUCUGUAAAUGGGUUGAUGUGUGAGAAAAAGGUUCCUAUUAAAUUUGAAGCAUCAAAUAAUGUUAUUUCAAUUGAAAGUGAACAUUGCAUUGAAAUUUCGAAUAAUCAUAUGUCUUUCAGUGGUGCCAGAGAUUUGAAUGAGUUAAUACCACCUCGUGGCAUUGAAGAUAAUCCCGAAAUUAUUGGUAACUCACUUAAUGAUGAAGCUGAUCAGUCAGUUACAUUUAAGAGAUCUUGUAGUGAAUCAGCUUUGCUGGAUUGUCCAUCUAGUCCAGCGAGUGGGCAGCACCUUAUUGACCCAUUGAAGGACUCUGUGGAAUCUGAAUAUUUUGACGAGCAAUCCCAAGACAUUGCCACAAAAAUAUAUCCAGCCAGCACAGAGAAACAAAAAGAGAUUGAUCCUUUAUUGACAGAUUUAGAUAAUCUUGAAGUGAAGAUGUGUUUAGAAGAUGAUGUGAAGAAUUCUACUUCAGGAAGAAGGAAAAGGACUAAACCAACACAGCCACAACAAAUACGGCUAAAAAGACCAAAGAGAUACAAAAGAAAGAAGAUUUUGGUGGAAGGAACAGAGGUUAAGACAGAAAUGGAGCCUGAGGAAGAAUCAGAUUUGGAAGAUAGUUUGCUACAGGUACAGUACAACAUGAUUACCUGUGAACUGUGUGGAGAAAGAUUCGGUGACUCGAGAAAGUUAGCGAAGCACGGGAAGAAUAUGCAUGCUUCAGUGUACUGCUAUGUAUGUGACCAGUGCACAGACAUUCGUUAUCGUGAGAAAGCAAAGUUGACGCAGCACCUCAGACGUAUCCAUAAAGUUUCAGUUCAUCAGUGCCAAGCGUGUGACCAUGAGGCAUCAAGUCAAAGAUCCCUCGAUCAACAUAUCAUAAGUAAUCAUCCUGAUUCCCGCUUCUUUGAAUGUCAUAUCUGUCACAAGGCUUUCAGGACUCACCGCUAUCUUCAUUUUGCACACAUAAAGAGGUGUCAUUUUGGUCUUCCUGUCAAAUAUACUUGCGAGAAGUGCAAAAAGGGGUUUGUUGACAAGUCCUCUUUUGAAAAUCAUAAGGUCAUCCAUUCUAAAGCUAAAAACUAUACAUGUGAAUUUUGUGGGGCAAUGUUCUACACAUCUUAUACCUUGAAAACGCAUGUUAAUACCCAUACACAGGAAAAAAAGUAUGUGUGUGGAGACUGUGGUUCAGCAUUUUUACGCUUCAGUAAUUUGAUUGCACAUAAAAAACGGCUUCAUAGUUCUGAUGACCUGAAGUUAGUGUGUGAAAUUUGUGGUAAAUCAAUGCUUACGCAGAGAGAUCUCCGAAGACAUCAACUAGCACAUCACUCAAAAGAAAGGUCAUUCACAUGUCAUCAGUGCCCACGUUCUUACACUGCAAAAGAUAGCUUAAGAAGUCAUCUAAGGACACAUGCGGGAGAAAAGCCAGAUAAAGACCCCAGUGGUAAAGUUUUUCAUAAGAACAAUUUGUUGUGUCACCGACAGCAGUGUGUUCCUGUUGGUGAUGAGUUCCAGCAGGAUAUAAUUCACACGCAGGAUACAAAAAAUACAGUUCAAGUAAGUGGUGAAGAAAUUGAAGGAGGGGAGCAUAUGGUUGUUAUAACACUAAAAGAAUGUCAGCCACCAGCAGUGUAUACUGUACGGAAUGCACAGACACAUCUGCAAGAGAUUAUGGUUUCCAGUGAAACUCCUUCACACACUCAAAGUGGCAGCAUAGUUGAUGAAAACUUACCAUUAGAGGGUACAGGAUUACCUCUCUUGCACUCACAACUUGGAACAAUAGGGACAGGAAGGAUUGGCCUUUCAACACCUGUAUUAUUUACAACACUGAACACUGAAUCAAUUAGUGUUCAACAUGGUCAGGAUACAAUAUCAGGUGGAUUAUCACAUUCAGGUUUUACAACAGAUGUAACAUGUAUUGAUGGUGGUCUUCAAGCAACUCCUCUCACCUUCCAGCAGACACCAGUACCUGGUGUUCAGUCAAAGGAACAAGAUUCCCUUGCAUCUUUUUCUGCAGAAACUCCAGUCACAUGUGCACCUCUGACCACCCAGUUAAUACAACUGCCUCCACUUCAAACAAGCACUGCCAACAAUGCUCCUGUUACUUUUGUUGCAACAUGGCCUUCUGCAUUAUAAAAACUGUUGUAACACAGACACACAUUUUUACAUGUACAGUCAGCUAAACAAUUACAGUAUUAUUAUGAUAACAUUAAUAAAAAAGAUUGAAGCCAAUUGCCACAGAACGAGGUUUGUGAUUGUUAACACUUGAGAAUCCUGUUUGCUCAUGAUGUGUUUUCCAUUCAAAAAAUUGCUGUAGCACUUGUUCAUAAGUGGCAACUUGGUUACCAUGCCCUUUCUCCAUAAUUUGUAAGUGUUAUUCACGUGUUUAACCUGAUAGGUCCUAGUACUAAUGAGGCAAUGGGAAGGGACUUAAGACUAAGUCAACUGCUUGCUGCAUACUGUCCAUACAUUUUCAUCCCAUAUUUUUAAGUGAUGACAUUACGGUAAUUACAGUAGAAGUCAUAAUUGUAAUGUUAUAAUAGUUACAGUAGAUGUAGCACUAUUGGUCUGUCUGAGGUUGCUAACACAGAGCCACAUGCGGCUUUCGUGGCAUUCACCCAUGGAGUCAAGCUUCGCUGGAACUACCUGAUGCGCACUAUCCCUGAUAUUGGACCCCUCCUCCACCCUCUGGAAG